CGUCAGUGUUAUUCGGGAGUUAUGAGUAAAUAUAUUUUACCAGUUUCUGUUUUUGGAACAGUGUUUGGAGCUGCUGUUUUACUGAAGAACCAUGUGACUGGAGGCCGGUGUCCCAGUAAGGCCACCAUAACUGAGAAGACUGUGGUUAUAACAGGAGCCAACACAGGCAUCGGGAAAGAGACUGCCAGAGAACUGGCCAAGAGAGGGGGUCGGAUCAUUAUGGGAUGUCGGGACAUGGAGAAAUGCGAGGUGGCUGCAAAGGAGAUACGAGGGAAUACGCUGAAUGCUCACGUUUACGCGUGUCACCUCGACCUGGCCUCUGUGAAAUCCAUCCGAGAGUUUGCAGAGAGAAUCAAACAAGAGGAGAAAAGAGUGGAUGUACUCAUAAACAAUGCAGGGGUCAUGAGAUGUCCAGCAGGGAAGACAGAGGACGGUUUCGACAUGCAGUUUGGCGUUAACCACUUAGGCCACUUCUUGUUGACAAAUCUUCUGCUGGAUAAGUUGAAAGAGUCCGCCCCCAGCAGAGUGAUCAACCUGGCCUCUCUCGCCCACAUCGUUGGAAAGAUUGACUUCGAGGACCUGAACUGGGAGAAGAAGAAGUUUGAUACCAAGCAGGCGUACUGUCAGAGCAAGCUUGCCAACGUUCUGUUCACCAGAGAGCUCGCCAAGCGAUUACAAGGCACCGGAGUCACGGUGAAUGCUGUGCACCCAGGCGUUGUUGCCACGGAGCUGGGGAGGCACACGGGUCUGCACCAAUCACAGUUCUCGAGCUCUGUGCUCAGUCCCUUUUUCUCCCUGUUGGUUAAGAGCCCAGAGCUGGGGGCCCAGCCCAGCGUCUACCUGGCAGUGUCCGAGGAGAUGGAGGGGGUGACGGGAAGGUACUAUGAUGUGAUGACAGAGAAGGAACCGGCGCCCCAGGCCCUGGAUGAGGAGGCAGCUCGCAGGCUGUGGGAGGUCAGCAGCAGGCUGGUGGGUCUGGAGGGCGAAGGACAAUCAGGCAAGUCACACCCACCGACAGAAAUCCAGAGCAAAGCUGCACAGACUGUCCCAGCGCAGAGACAGGGACAGAGCCCAGGACCAGCUGUCAGUGCUGUGGGGCUGUAGACCUGCUCUGGCCUCUGGGACAGAUGGGGAUAAUGGACCUUUAUGUCUUGAGCUGUGCCAGGCUCUCUGGAACAAUUAACUGUCUGAGGCCGUGAGUCAGGCUCUAUGUGUAAUUACAGUCUUUUGCACAUCUUUAUGUUCCUGUAUCAGGACACACUAAAAAAAAAAAAUCAGCCAUGAA